CGGAUUUAAGAAAAACCGCCAUGAACUGUGGAGAAAGAGUUUCUAGUCUCACGUAUUACUUUCUCGCUUUAACUUCAUUUCCUGCUAUUUCCACAUCAAAGAUCAAAAAGUAUUGGCUCAUCACAAAAAGUCGAGAAACUACGUCUAGGCAGCUUCCUUUUUGGGUGACGCUUAUUUAUUUUUCUUUGUGACAGCAGUACAAACAGUAUCCCGUAACAAGACUUAUUCAUCUUUUCUUAUGCAAUCAAGGAUUCUUUAGUGACUGACAUUUUGAAUUCAACAUCUCAAACACGCGACAGGUUUGAUCGUACGUUUAACGUACUCGGUAAUAAAGCUAGCAGGCGUCCGCCUAGGAUAGUAAGUAUUGGAAAAAUAGCCCGACUUUUAACAAACACGUCUUCGAUAGAGUUUAUACGAAAUAAGACAACGAGAGUGGACACACAACAGAACGCUUAUUUGUCUGUGUUAAUUGGUUGGUAUAUCGUUCGGCAUCACGUUUUUUAAUGUGAGCGAACUGGAGAUAUAUUCCUUUUGGUAGUCAAACAAACGCAGAACCUCGUCCAAAGUCGUUCAUUUACGGUUAAAUACUUCUAUGGCAAAAAAACAAAGUCUUGGAGCAAAGUCAUUUCAUUCAUCGUUAUCAUGAGGACCAGCAUCCAUGUCGCUGUCAAGACUGCAUUCUCCUUGAUGAGCGUGAUCGGUGUGACUGRUAACAUCCUAGUCUGUCUUGUUGUUCUUCUCAACAAACCGAUGCRAACACCAAUGAACUAUCUCCUCGUCAACCUAGCUAUUUCCGAUCUCCUCUUACUAGUAUUCUUUAGUCCUUCUUUCAUCUUCAGGGACUCGUUCACACAUCCUGCAGGUUUAACAGGAGAUCUGUUUUGCGUUUUUAUCACAGGCGAGAGUUUCGCAUGGAUGGGAGGCUAUGCAUCAGCUUACGUUCUCGUUGCCAUAGCAAUCGAAAGGUAUCAAGCGGUAACCAAGCCUUAUCACCAUAGUAACAGCAUCACUAGUUGUAAGCUUAGGUUUCUUGUGGUAAGUUGUUGGGUGUUUGCAAUCUCUUGGAAUUCAAUCGGUUUUGCAGUGAAGCGAUACGACGCAGAUUUGGGCUUCUGCAAACCUCGUUGGCCAGCGGUUUACUCUUACAAAGUGUAUAGCUUGCUGUGUUUCGUCAUCAUUGGCGUCAUCCCAGUGACGAUAAUGUGUCUUUUGUACUCAAAGAUCGUCUAUUCGCUGUGGUUCAAGCGAGAAAUCGUCCAGGUCAAUAACCAGCUUUACGAAAGAAAACGACGAAUUAAAGCAACCAAGAUGGUACUCAUGGUCAGCGGUAUUUACACGUUGUCAUGGAUACCGGAAUUGACGAUAUUUCUUGUCGAUGCUUAUGCUCCUCGUUACGUAAGCAGCGAUGUUGCGUAUCCCGUAUGUGUUGCUAUGGUGACCUUGAAUUCUGCCGUCAAUCCCAUUAUAUAUACACUUCAUGGAGAACGAUUUCGGUAUUUUUUGAAGAAGUUGGUUUGUCGUUGUUGGGGUGUAGACAGGAGUGACCAAGGCUCUGUAGGGGAAGGACAAGCUGGCGUGACUAUCACUCAGAUUGCUGAGGCAGAAUACUAUGAUACCAAACUGUAAUGCUAUAAAAAGAACAAGAAAGGAUUUGAGUGAGUAACCAUGUCCGGUCACGUCCCGUGACCCUACUAGUAGGACUUUUAUGUUCAUUUGUGUCCCCUAGCACCAGGGUCACCCUACCUUCAUAUGAACGGUCUCUCAUAAGGAAGGAUAACCUAGGACUACCCUAUUGUUUUGGGUGUCCCCUUGUGAAAGGAAGGUAAAAGACUUGUCCCUAGCAUCAGGGUCACCCUACCUUCAUAUUUACGGUCUCUCAUAAGGUAGGGUAACCUAGGACUACCCUAUUAUUUUGGGUGUUCUCUUGUGAAAGGAAGGUAAAAGACUUGCCUCUAGCACCAGGGUCACCCUACCUUCAUAUGAACGGUCUCUCAUAAGGAAGGGUAACCUAGGAAUACCCUAUUAUUUUGGGUGUUCUCUUGUGAGAGGAAGGUAAAAGACUUGUCCCUAGCACCAKGGUCAUCCUACYUUCAUAUGAACGGUCUCUCAUAAGGAAGGAUAACCUAGGAUCACCCUAUUGUUUUGGGUGUCCCCUUGUGAGAGGAAGGUAAAARACUUGUCCCUACCACCAGGGUCACCCUACCUUCAUAUGAACGGUCUCUCAUACGGUAGGGUGACCAAGGACYACCCUAUUGUUUUGGGUGUUCCCUUGUGAAAGGAAGGUAAAAGAUUUGUCCCUAGCACCAGGGUCACCCUACCUUCAUAACGGUCUCUCAUAMGGUAGGGUAACCUAGGACUACCCUAUUGUUUUAGGUGUCCCCUUGUGAAAGGAAGGUMAAAGAUUUGUCCCUACCACCAGGGUCACCCUACCUUCAUAUGAACGGUCUCUCAAUGGUUAGUCUAUCGAUAUGAUGUCUGGAAACAACCAAACGAUUUCUACUGAGAGUAGAUAUUAGCAAGAUGACGCCUCCUUACAGAAAAGAAAUAUCCAGCAGGGGUUGUUACAAAAGGAAAUUAUAUCUUUCAACAUAAAUCCCUUCACCCCCACUCAAUUAUCUAAUGUUCCAUCUCCUAUAAAACCAUCAUAUAAUAAACAAUCUUUGUGCA